UUCCGAAUCCGGAGCGAGACGGAGCCGCGGGCGCCGCCGGAUCCGCCCCUCGCAUCCCGGCCCCCGGGCGUCCGCGCGCUCAGGCCCCAGCCCGAGGCCGACUGGAGGUGCUUCUGCGGCCCCAGCACCCAGCUCCGGAAAUGCCAGGGAUGCAGAUAGGGCAGAAUUUGUUUUCCCUUUGUAUCGAGUGAAAACGUGCCAGGUUCUGGUUGCUGGAACCGCCUAAAACAACAAGAACCCCUGGGAAGCCAGGGCAUGCUCACGGAUUUUCAGCUGAAGAUCCAUAAGGAAGUUUUACAAUAAAUUUGGAGACCUGGAACAAGCCCUGGCGGUUGGAUCUUUUAUCAAGCAGAAAUGCAUCGAACAACCAGAAUCAAGAUCACUGAGCUAAAUCCCCACCUAAUGUGUGUGCUUUGUGGAGGGUACUUCAUUGAUGCCACAACCAUAAUAGAAUGUCUACAUUCCUUCUGUAAAACAUGUAUUGUACGUUACUUGGAGACCAGCAAGUAUUGUCCUAUCUGUGAUGUCCAAGUUCACAAAACCAGACCACUACUGAAUAUAAGGUCAGAUAAAACUCUCCAAGAUAUUGUAUACAAAUUAGUUCCAGGGCUUUUCAAAAAUGAAAUGAAAAGAAGAAGGGAUUUUUAUGCAGCUCAUCCUUCAGCUGAUGCUGCCAAUGGCUCUAACGAAGAUAGAGGAGAAGUUGCAGAUGAAGAUAAAAGAAUUAUAACUGAUGAUGAGAUAAUAAGCUUAUCCAUUGAAUUCUUCGACCAGAACAGAUUGGAUCGGAAAGUAAACAAAGACAAGGAGAAACCUAAGGAGGAGGUGAAUGAUAAGAGAUAUUUACGUUGCCCAGCAGCAAUGACUGUGAUGCACCUAAGAAAGUUUCUCAGAAGUAAAAUGGACAUACCUAAUACUUUCCAGAUCGAUGUCAUGUAUGAAGAGGAACCUUUAAAGGAUUACUACACACUAAUGGAUAUUGCCUACAUUUACACCUGGAGAAGGAAUGGUCCGCUUCCUUUGAAAUACAGAGUUCGACCUACUUGUAAAAGAAUGAAGAUCAGUCACCAGAGAGAUGGACUGACAAAUGCUGGAGAACUGGAAAGUGACUCUGGGAGUGACAAGGCCAACAGCCCAGCAGGAGGUAUCCCCUCCACCUCUUCUUGUUUGCCUAGUCCCAGCACUCCAGUUCAGUCUCCUCACCCUCAGUUUCCUCACAUUUCCAGUACUAUGAACGGAACCAGCAGCAGCCCCAGCGGUAACCACCAAUCUUCCUUUGCCAAUAGACCUCGAAAAUCGUCAGUAAAUGGGUCGUCAGCGACUUCUUCUGGUUGAUACCUGAGACUGUUAAGGAAAAAAAAUUUUAAGUCCCUGAUUUAUAUAGAUAUCUUCAUGCCAUUACAGCUUUAGAGAUGCUAAUACAUGUGACUAUCGUCCAAUUUGCUUUCUUUUGUAGUGACAUUAAAUUUGGCUAUAAAAGAUGGACUAGAUGUGGUAUUCAUAUGGACGUUAAUCGAAAAGAAAGAUUGUUCCUAUAAAUUGGUUUCUGAGAAGGCAGGCAAGAUGUUUUCCUGUGUGUUAGGAAAGAUGGGAAAUGGUUUCUGUAACCAUUGUUCGGAUUUGAAAAUACUCUGCAGUGGAUAUAAACAUUGGGCCAUAGUUUGUUAAUCUCAACUAACGCCUACAUUACAUUCUCCUUGAUUGUUCUUGUUAUUAUGCUGUUUUGUGAACCUGUAGAAAACAAGUGCUUUUUAUCUUGAAAUUCAACAAAUGGAAAGAAUAUGCAUAGAAUAAUGCAUUCUAUGUAGCCAUGUCACUGUGAAUAACGACUUCUUGCAUAUUUAGCCAUUUUGAUUCCUGUUUGAUUUUUACUUCUCUGUUGCUACACAAAACCGAUCAAAGGAAAGUAAACUUCAGUUUUACAAUCUGUAUGCCUAAAAGCGGGUACUACCGUUUAUUUUACUGACUUGUUUAAAUGAUUCGCUUUUGUAAGAAUCAGAUGGCAUUAUGCUUGUUGUACAAUGCCAUAUUGGUAUAUGACAUAACAGGAAACAGUAUUGUAUGAUAUAUUUAUAAAUACUAUAAAGAAAAUAUUGUGUUUCAUGCAUUCAGAAAUGGUUGUUAAAAUUCUCCCAACUGGUUCGACCUUUGCAGAUACCCUCUGUUUGAGCCUUAUCAGCAUAGAAUAUUUUUAAUGUGGAUCUCUCAUUCUAAAUUCUAUUUCAUUGGAAGCAAUUGGCAAAUUAUAAUACUGAUUUUCUCUAGUAAUACAUAUUUACUUUUUAAAUUGUUGCAGUAAAGAAAAACUUUUAACUAAGGAAUUUGGAAAUAGUGUCUUCAUUUCCUAUUGCUUUUGAUGGAAUGAAUGUGUUUUUAAAAUGCGUAUCCAUCACUAUAAUUCUAAAACAAAUUUUUAAGUAAACCAGGAAAUUGCUGGAAGAAGGCAUUUUAUCUGAAAUUAUUUUAAUAUGUUGGAUAGCAGGAAUUUCAAAGUGAAGAGUUGCAUUUACAGCUAUGAACAAUGACAUGUCCUCUCUCUAUUGUCUUGAAAUAGAAGCAAUUUAUUUUUAGCUUCUACAGGUAUUAAUUUUUAAACAGAGUGAACAUGUUGAAUUUAAAAUAUGGAUAAUCCCAACAGUUUUCAGUUUGUGUUUUGCUUUGGUCGAACUUGGUGUGUGUUCAUCACCCAUCAGUUAUUUGUGAGGGUGUUUAUUCUAUAUGAAUAUCGUUUCAUGUUUGUAUGGGAAAAUUGUAGCUAAACAUUUCAUUGUCCCCAGUCUGCAAAAGAAGCACAAUUCUAUUGCUUUGUCUUGCUUAUAGUCAUUAAAUCAUUACUUUUACAUA